GUCAGAAUACCGCUGUUUUCUUGUAGUGUCAGCUAUUUUCUUGAUUGUAUCUCCAGUCUGCUUCUUGAGCUCCUCAUAAGUAACAAACAAGACCUUGUUCGGAUUCUCGAGGCUCGCAUGCCAAUACUCCAACACAUGAUCCCAAAAGGGUCCACUAGUAAAUUUACCUUGACAAAACGCUUCAAUCGCUUUUUCAAUAGGACAAUCAGCGGUUUCUUCAGGAGCAAGUUUCUUCCUAAAAUGCCAUAAGGACACAAACAUGUCCUUAGGGUUCCUACAACAAUACACAAUCUUACAAGACGAGCUCUUAACGGACUCUGGCAGGGAAAGAAGCGGUAUGUGCGUGUUCAUGAGUCUUGGAGAAGGCAACUUGGGGAAAUCAAAAUCUGGAAACUCGUGGUAUACUCCUUCCAAGAAAGGUAUGAGGAGGUGUGGAUUGGUAUCAAGAAGAGGAUGAUUACCAGAAGAAACUGGAAACUUGUGUCGGUUAAGGAGAGAAAAGACGAGAGCUUUUAACCAAGUGGUACCUGAUUUAGGAUUGGUGACGAGGAUAAUGUCGGAAUCUUUAGCCUCAAAGUGUUUUUGACACUCCAAGAGUCCUUGUAACAGAGCUUGUGUGUGCCAACGUCCUUGAAACUGAUACAAGUGACUCACUAACCAGCCUUUCUCGCUUGGAAGAGAAGAAAUCAGAUCUCUUGUUUCUUGUGUCGGAUCUUCACUUCCCAAGUAAUCAUUAACAACUGAUGAUGGUGUCGACAUUGCUGAGAUUAAAAUUUGAGAAAUUACCUAUAAUGAGUCAGAUGAUACAUAUAAUGACUAUACUAAUGCAUAAACUUUCUUAAUUACUGUACUAGAUCACAUGGGUAAUCAAAAUACAAAAAAAACCAGCAUUCCUUUGAGUAUUAACGAAACUGCCAUUGAAUUAAUUUAAUAAUUAAUUCUCUAAUAUUUUCCAAAAAAGCAAAACCCCUUUGUCGACACUUCUCUCCUUUGUAAUCUCAGUUCUUCUUUUCCCCACAUUGAACCUCCAUCUCCGACAACCUCAUCUCAGUUGCAGUCGUCUUGCGUUUCAUUACCUCCUCUCUAAGCCGGCGUCGUCCCUGCACACGAUGAACCCUAACUCCAAACCCUAACUCCGAUUUGGCUUCGUCACAUCCGCCUCAAAAUUAAAGAAAAUUGAAUCUGUAAGUGCUAGAUAUAUUCAUUUCUUAACAUAUUUUCUUUGAUUCCAUGCUAAAUUUCAAUAGCCCUAAUUUCCAAUUUUAUUUCUGACAAAUUGAAAACUGGUUCUGUUUUUUUUUUUUCUUUUCAAAACCCUAAUUCUCAGAUUAUUUGUCUUUUCUAAUUUCUAAUUUCUCUGUGUAUAAUCUGGAUGAAUGAUAUUUAUUAAGUUUGUUCUUGUUUUUUUUAAAAGGAAUGGCCUCAUCUUCGGGUACCAAGAAGUAUCCUCCGCGGCUUUACGAGAUUGGUAAAACGCCUAUUCAAUCUCGGAGCAUGAACCACAUUUUUUUUCUGUCCAACCUUCAAGUAAUGAAAGAGUCUGUCGGCGAAGACGUUUGGCUUGAGUUAAGAGAAUCAGCUGUAGGCGUGAUUAUCAAGCUGAAGGAGUUGGAGUACACUUGGUCUGCAAAACAUGUUCAUUAUUUUCUGGUGAAUCAAUUGGCGAUUCAGUACAGUCAUGAAGUUUGGUCUUUGAUAGAAGACCAGCCAUUGAGGUUCUCUCUGUAUGAGUUUGAAGAUAUUACAGGGUUAAAUUGUGAUCCCUUUGACACGCAAGAACAAUGGGAUGUGGCUCAUGAAGACUUUUGGGUGGAGAUGAAAGUUCCAAUUUCUGAAAGACCCAAGUUGAAUGAACUUCAAGCCCUUUUUCCGAUCAUCAGAAAUUGGCCUAGAGAGAAGCGUGUAAUGGUUGGCUUGUUGUGUCUACUAUCCAUUGGCAUAUUUGGCAUUUCAAGCAAUAGUAGAAUACCUCUGCAUUUGGCGAAAAGGGUGAUGGAUCCAGCAGCUUUCCAGCGCCAUCCAUGGGGUCGUGUGGCAUUUACCAGCCUUGUGGAUUCUAUUAAAGUGGUGACAUACGAAGAAAAGAGGAGUUACACACUACAUGGUUGUGUUCAUGCAUUGCUUAUUUGGAUAUACGAGUCUGUGCCAGGUUUAGGAGAGAUAUAUGGGCAUCGGAUAGAGGAAGCUGAGGUUCCGCUUCUGUCAUGGCAUGGUUCUCGUCAGCGUAUCAACUUCCCAAACUUCUGUGCACAAGAAAAGAAAAAAUAUCAGAAGAUUCGUCUAAGGCAUAUGAUUGUAAAGGCAAUGGAGGAUAGAUAUUCGAAAUGGGACGAAGAUAAACCGCCUGAUGAUUUGGAUAACAUGAUAGUUGACAUCCAUAAUGAUCAGCUAAACGACAAGUUUUGGGAUGUACUGCCACUUACCAAGUGCCAGAAGAGAAAAACUCAAGUCAGUGCACCUAGUGUUCCCGAAAGAGUGGAUACGAGCCCCUCCACAAAACGAAGGAAGGAGAAAGACACUGCACCAGAAAUGGUAUUCAUAACUUAAACCAACUUUUAAAAUUGUUUUAACCGGAGGUUUAAAUUAAUUUAAACUGCAAAUUGAUUCCAACCAAAAUUAAAAAUUUAUUUAAACAGAAAAUAAUCUAAACUGAACCAAGUUAUACCAAACCAAAAUCUUAGUGAAUUUAACCAGAAAUUCGAGUGGAUAAGUCUGCUACAAUAAGUGUUUCUUAAUAUGGUAAUUAAAAUUUGAUUUAAAAGUCUGCCGUCAAAGAUGGCAAUUUUUAAAAUCUGCCACCAAAUGAAUAUAAAAGUCGACCAGAAAUUUAAAUCGGAUAAACAUAUCUUUCAUAAAAAUUUAUAUCUAUUACUCUUAAAAAGUCGGCUGAAGGUAAUUUUAAAUCGGUUUAAAAAAUCUAACUGAUACGAUAUAAAACUGCCAAUUUUUAAAAAUCUGUCUCGUCAUUCGAUAGACUAAAACAUAUAAAUCUAUUGAAGACAUUAAAUCGGACAAAUAAAUCAGCCAUCUUUAAAAAAUCUGUUGUAACUUAAAAGUCUGCUUCCAAAUACACGGCAGAUAUAAAUUUAACAGCAUGUUUAAUGAACAGAUUUAUGUUACAAUAUAUUUGUUUUUUUGUCAAAUAAAUCUGCCGACGAUUUUUUUUUCAAAAUUUAAAUGGCAAUUUUGUAAUAUACUUUUCUGCUCACAACUGUAAAAAAAGGCAUUUUCGACCAUAAAAAUAUUUUAGUAAUUUUGAACUUUUAAGAUUUAUUCUAGUAAUAACUCAAGUAAUUUGACUCGUUUUAGUAAACUCCCCAUAAUCUUAAAAAAUGUUAGAAACUAUGAGAUGUGUUUUUCUUAAGCUGCAUCUGUGAGGGUAAUACUUGUGUGCUUUUUAUAAUAUGAAUGUUUGGUUGAACGAGAAGUUUGCUCUACAAGUAAAUAGCGCAAUACUCUACGGAGAGUCUUUGAUGGAAGAGUCAACAUAUCCUAUUCUACAAGUUUGCUCUUUUUGUCUUAAUCUUUGAUGGAAUAGUCAACAUGCUUGAAGAGCACGUAGAAUAAUAUCUAAAGAAGAAAACACAAGAGAGAAAGAUGUUCACGGUUCUACUAUCAUAUAAAGAUAAGCGCCAGUAUAAGCUCAUGGACUUUGGAAGAUCAACUCAAAACCCAAAUGAAUUUAGACAGGAUCCAAAACAGGUAAGGCCAGAUUGGUUCAUCAUCACAAGUUCACAACAAUCAUGUUCAUUAAAUAGGAUAAAAACAGGUUUAGUUAUUCUUAGCAAAAGAAUCUAAAAGGUGAACCAAUGAGUUUAUCUUCAGCAGUCUUAUCUAUCUCCUCUGCUAAUAAAGGAGUCACCAUAUCAACAACUUCGAAAGAGUGAUUUCGGAUUUUGUCAUAUAUUGUCAGCUAAUUUAAAAGACUGCUACAAACCACAUGAACUUUUAUAUACAAGAAUUUGAGAAGCCAGUUUCCUAUGUGUCGCUGUCACAUUAACUCUCACGAUGGUUGAUUACACUAAUACCUUUAUUGAAUUAAUUUACAAUAAAAUACUAUUAUUUAUUUUUUAUUUAGUUUACUUUUUAAAAUUUUCCAAAACCAUAUACAUAUAAUAAAAAAAAGAAAAUUUAUAAAGUAAAAAAAAUGAAUUGAAAAACGAAAAUAUAUGUAUAUAUAAUAUGAUUUCAUAAAAAGGGAAAGUUAACAAAAUAAUAAUAUUACAUUUAAAAGAUAUUUUUAAAUACUUUCUUUAUAUCUAUAUUUUUUUAGAUGAGAAAUAUAAAUUUGUAUAUAAUGUGAUUUCAUGAAAAACAAUUUACACAGAUAAUCUUGAUAUUAGAAAAAGAUAUAUUAUUUCUUUUAAAACAAAAUUUUAAACAACACAAAAAAAUUAAAAGUAAUAGAAAUAUUUUUAUAUAUGUAUCUAUUUUCUUUACAUAAGAUAAUUAAGUAACAUAUAUUGAUAUAUGUUUAAUUGACUAAAAAUAGUUUAUAAUUAGUGAUAUUGAAUUUUUUUAUUUAUUUUUCAUAUAUUUAGUUGAUUAUCAUAUCUUUCAAUUACAGCAAAAAAUAUCAAUAAAUUAUACUUUACCUAUAUAAUAUUAUUUUCAAAUACAAUCACAAUUUUGUUUACUGUUUAUUUUUAAGAGAUAUUAAAAACUAAUUUUUUAAAAAAAAUAAUCAUUUGAUCAAAUAGUUAUAAAAUAGUUUAAUAAGGUAGAUAUAUUAUAUUUUAUCAUUAUUAACGUUGUAUAUUUUCUUAAUAUUCUUUUAAAUUUUAUGUUUUUAUGUUUGUGAAACUUAAUAGAACCAUAAUCAAAAUACCAAUUCAAAUCUGAAUUCUCAUUUUUAAGAUUAUUUAAAAUAAAUUUCAGUUUCCAUUCAAUAAAUCAAUUGCAAAAAGUUAUUUAGAAUUUAUAAAAUAUUUUAAUUAUUGUAAAUAUUGAUAUGUGUUCAUAAGCUUCCAAAAAUGUAUCAACUACUUAUGCAUGUAAAUGUUGAUUAUCACUUUAUUUUCUAAUAUUUUUUUUUAAAACAUCAACAUAUAAUUUGAUAAAUGUUAUGAAAAUACAUGCACAUUUAAAUGAUAAUUAACAUUGAUUUUAUUUGACUUAAUUAUAAUAAAAAUAAUUAUACUUCAUUUUGAAUUUGAAAGAAUAUAUGUAACUCAGUAUAUUCACAACAUGAGUGACUCAACUAAUCCAACUUAUAUUUAAAAUCAUAUAUUUAACUAAGAUAGGAAUAUAUAAUUAAGAAUAGUAAUUUAUUUUAUAAAUAUAAAGUCAUAGGACACUUUAGUUUAUUUUUAACCAACUGUUACAAUUUAGUUCUUUUGUAAAAUAUUCAUAAUAUUAUCGUUAUAUUAAUUUAUGUAAUUUGGAAUCAGACACUUCAGUUUAUUUUUUAUUUUAUUAUAAGCACAGUAUAUCUUAAGUUAUACAUAAACUUCAUAAAAUAUAUUUACAUAUCUAAGACAACAACUACCUAAAUGCAAAUAAUAAAUUAAUAAAAUUUUUGAUAUAUAGAAUAAAAAUAUUACAGUUGAAUUCAAAUAUGCUAUCCAAUUUACCUAAUGAUAACUAAUCGACUGUAAAAACAAUAAAACUGAUUAGAUAUAACAUAUAUAAAUCAUAUGUAUAAUUAAAGUAAUAUAAUAUAUUAAUGUAAAUGAUGCAUAUAUA